CUCUCUUUCUCUUCCAAGAAACAAAGCAUAAAGAAUAAGACCACCUUCUCAAGCCCAAAACCACUAUCUCUCUCUCUCUCUCUCUCUCUCUCUCUCACACACACACACACACACACAACCAUGGAACUUGUGAAGGUGAUCAUCAUUAUAGCCAUAACCAUGGCUUUAUCCAUCACAGUGACUAUGAAGAGCAUUGGUGAAGUGGAGGAAAAACCACCAUUUCCAGACACCGAGAGUACUUCAUACAUUUAUCAUAAAGAGGAGCUUCCCUUUAAGGAAAAGAAACUAAUAUUUCCUUCCAAAAGACUAAGUCGCUUCCUUGCUGAGAAGAACCCAAAUGCAGCUGACCAUUGCCACAAAGACAAAGAAAUAUGCAACACUGUAGGAGGCAAAAACUCCACCUGUUGCAACAACAAGUGCAUAGACUUGUCCAUUGACAAGAACAACUGCGGUGCAUGCAAGAAGAAAUGCAAGUAUACCGAGACAUGUUGCGGAGGUGAGUGUGUGGAUGUGACUUACGAUAAGAGGCAUUGUGGGAAAUGUAACAAUCGGUGCAAAAAAGGAGAAUUCUGCGUAUAUGCACUAUGUAACUAUGCAUAAUUAGAGGAUGGUCCAAUAAUUGGAGCCUGAGGUUCGUGAUUUUAUUCAUAAUACAAUAAAAUACCACAUGUUGGUGGUUGCUCAAACAAUAUACUUACAGUGAAUUAUUUUCCAAUUUACAAUACUCAAGUGUCUUAUAAAUGUAAUGUUAUUAAGAGUUCUUAAGUAAUAUGAAUCAAUUAUUAGCAACA